GGAGGCAUAUAAAUAAGGGCGCCUCAGCUUCCCUCGCUUCUCGCAAAUCGUUGUGGUCUGAAGCUCUGCCCUUCGUUGGAGUUACUCUCCUCUUAAUCAGUAGACCUCGUCAUUUCUCUUCCUGGGCGGAUUGGUGAGGAUCAGUGGAAUUUUCGGAGGUACUUUCUUUUCCCGUUUACGUUUUCUCAAAGAUAUUUACUCGAUCAUUGAAGAACUUUGGAUUUUUGAACCUUUUGGAGCAUUCUGCGAUUUUGUUCAAGAUCUGAGUGAUAUUUAUUGAUCCCUUCUGCGACUGCAUAGAUAUGGCUACUUAUUCGCCUAAGAACAUCCUGAUUACCGGUGCUGCCGGAUUCAUUGCAUCUCAUGUUGCAAACCGGCUUAUUCGGAACUAUCCUGACUACAAGAUUGUUGUUCUAGACAAGCUUGAUUACUGUUCGAAUCUCAAAAACCUUCUUCCCUCGAAAUCAUCCCACAAUUUCAAGUUUGUUAAAGGGGAUAUUGGCAGUGCUGACCUUGUUAACUACCUCCUGAUCACCGAGUCCAUUGACACAAUAAUGCACUUUGCAGCGCAGACCCAUGUGGACAACUCCUUUGGUAACAGCUUCGAGUUUACCAAGAACAAUAUUUAUGGUACCCAUGUCCUUUUAGAGGCCUGCAAGGUUACUGGUCAGAUCAGGAGGUUCAUCCAUGUAAGCACAGAUGAAGUCUAUGGAGAGACUGAUGAAGAUGCUGUAGUAGGAAAUCAUGAGGCUUCUCAACUCCUCCCAACAAAUCCAUACUCUGCUACGAAAGCUGGAGCAGAAAUGCUUGUUAUGGCUUAUGGUCGGUCAUAUGGGCUCCCUGUUAUAACUACUCGAGGAAACAAUGUUUACGGGCCCAAUCAAUUUCCUGAAAAAUUAAUUCCAAAGUUUAUUCUUUUGGCAAUGAGGGGGAAAGAUUUACCAAUUCAUGGGGAUGGAGCAAAUGUGCGGAGUUAUCUUUAUUGUGAAGAUGUUGCUGAGGCUUUUGAAGUUGUUCUUCAUAGAGGAGAAGUUGGCCAUGUUUACAACAUUGGGACAAAGAAGGAAAGGAGAGUGAUUGAUGUGGCCAAAGACAUAUGUAAACUGUUCUCUGUUGACCCAAACUCAUGCAUUAAGUUUGUUGAGAAUCGGCCAUUUAAUGACCAGAGAUACUUUCUAGAUGAUCAGAAGCUAAAGAACUUAGGGUGGUCUGAACGGACCCCAUGGGAAGAGGGAUUGAAGAAGACUAUUGAAUGGUACACCAACAAUCCUGAUUGGUGGGGUGAUGUCUCGGGUGCUUUGCUUCCUCAUCCUAGGAUGCUGAUGAUGCCAGGUGGGGUUGAAAGGCAUUUUGAUGGUUCUGACAAUAACAGUUCUGAAACCUCUCAAGUUUCAAGUAGUGCUAAUCAGACCCGAAUGGUGGUUCCAGUAUCCAAAAGUGUUACCUCUCCUCGAAGAUCACCAUUGAAGUUCUUGAUUUAUGGUAGGACUGGGUGGAUUGGCAGCCUACUUGGGAAGCUUUGUGAGAAACAAGGGAUUCCUUUUGAGUAUGGGAAAGGCCGAUUGGAGGAUCGAUCGCUUCUUGUGGCAGAUGUUCAGACUAUCAAACCAACACAUGUUUUCAAUGCUGCUGGUGUGACUGGCAGACCCAAUGUUGAUUGGUGUGAAUCUCAUAAACCAGAAACUAUUCGCACCAAUGUUGCUGGGACUCUAACCUUAGCAGAUGUUUGCAGAGAGCAUGGGCUCUUAAUGAUGAACUUUGCUACUGGGUGUAUUUUUGAAUAUGAUGCUGCACACCCGGAAGGAUCUGGCAUUGGGUUCAAGGAGGGAGACACACCCAAUUUUGCUGGUUCAUUCUAUUCAAAGACCAAGGCCAUGGUUGAAGAGCUAUUGAAGGAAUAUGAUAAUGUCUGCACCCUCAGAGUCAGAAUGCCCAUUUCAUCUGAUCUAAACAACCCACGCAACUUUAUUACCAAGAUUUCUCGUUAUAACAAAGUGGUGAACAUUCCAAAUAGCAUGACCAUAUUGGAUGAGCUUCUGCCCAUUUCAAUUGAGAUGGCAAAGCGGAACUGCCGUGGCAUAUGGAACUUCACAAACCCUGGGGUUGUGAGUCAUAAUGAGAUUUUGGAGAUGUACAAGACUUACAUCGACCCAGGCUUUAAAUGGUCUAACUUCACAGUGGAAGAGCAAGCCAAGGUAAUCGUUGCCGCCAGAAGCAAUAAUGAGAUGGAUGCGUCCAAGUUGAAGAAUGAGUUCCCAGAGUUGCUACCGAUCAAGGAAUCACUGAUCAAGUAUGUGUUUGAACCCAACAAGAAAAACUUUGCAGUGUAAGCAAUUUAAAAUAUCUGACCUGAGGGACUGACCCCUGCAAUUUGUAUUAGGUAAUGUGGUUUGGAUUACUUUAUACUGUUACCAAUUCCAAUUCCAAUUCCAGUCAUUUUUCUUAGAUGUAUCUCAGUAGUUCCAUUAUUCUAGAUUGUGAUUAGGAAAAUUCUGCUAGGCAUUCUUCUUUUCAUUUUUUCCAGUGAAAUUUUGGUUCACUUGAUGUCCCUUUUUCUUCUUGUGACCUUAUUUUGAUGUCUUUGACAAAGCUUGUAAUUGUGUAACGUCUGGAUUCUAUUAUAUAAAUUUGUUUCUCAUUCUC